CCGCUCCGCCCUCAGCCCGUCCCUCCGCGGCCGCCCGCGGGACGGCGUGAUCCGCCGGGGCUCUCCGUGCUCCCGGGGCCGCGCGCCAUGGGCAGCCCCCGCUCCGCGCUGAGCUGCCUGCUGUUGCACUUGCUGGUUCUCUGCCUCCAAGCCCAGGAAGGCCCGGGAGGGGGGCCUGCGCUGGGCAGGGAGCUGGCUUCCCUGUUCCGAGCUGGCCGGGAGCCCCAGGGUGUUUCCCAACAGGUAACUGUUCAGUCCUCACCUAAUUUUACACAGCAUGUGAGGGAGCAGAGCCUGGUGACAGAUCAGCUCAGCCGCCGCCUCAUCCGGACCUACCAGCUCUACAGCCGCACCAGUGGGAAGCACGUGCAGGUCCUGGCCAACAAGCGCAUCAACGCCAUGGCAGAAGAUGGGGACCCCUUCGCAAAGCUCAUUGUGGAGACAGAUACUUUUGGGAGCCGAGUUCGAGUGCGAGGAGCUGAGACAGGACUCUAUAUCUGCAUGAACAAGAAAGGGAAACUGAUUGCCAAGAGUAACGGCAAAGGCAAGGACUGUGUCUUCACGGAGAUUGUGCUGGAGAACAACUACACUGCCCUGCAGAACGCCAAGUACGAGGGCUGGUACAUGGCCUUCACGCGCAAGGGCCGGCCUCGCAAGGGCUCCAAGACGCGGCAGCACCAGCGCGAAGUCCACUUCAUGAAGCGGCUCCCGCGCGGCCACCACACCACCGAGCAGAGCCUGCGCUUCGAGUUCCUCAACUACCCGCCUUUCACCCGCAGCCUGCGGGGCAGCCAGAGGACUUGGGCGCCCGAGCCCCGAUAGGCCCGCCCGCCCCAGGGGCCUCCCCGCAGCUUCCACCUCCGCAGACGCUCAUCUUGGGGGAGCAGAAAGAAGCUCAAGCGAGACGAGGUCUGCGCUACUGAAGGCUGGGGAGGAGCUGGGGGAGCCCCGGGUUCUAGUUGUCCAUGAUUGUUUGCUGUUGGGUUUUGUUUUUGUUUUUGUUUUUUUAAACAAAAGAG